AUGCGAUUCAAGGUCCUCCCGCUCAUUCAUAAGAAAGUCUGGUUCUCAGGUCAACAAUACUCACUAAGGGCGCAACUUACCAACUUCUUGGGGCACCAAACUCCCGUUAGACCUAGGAUAUACAGCACAGUCAGCUCUGCAACCAUAUCCGUCUUCUCAAAGCCUAGUAAGCGCGGGACAUGGGCGGAUCUUUAUACCGACUCCUCCCCUAAUAAUGUAGCUGGGGGCCUGUCCCUGCGGAUUUCCGAAACUCUCCAGGCUAUGCCUAACCUACGAUCGUUGAGCCUAUACCUAAGCUUCCUGAACCUUUCACAAGAAUUUGAACUGUACCACAGAAUGCUGGUUGCGGGAGCUACCGAAAUCCAAUACCUGCGAAUCCGCUCCUCGAUGCGCGUUACAGAAAGAUUCCUCCGAACAUGUCCUGCGCUCACAACACUAGAUAUCUGCCACGCUGUUGAACUGGGGCAGCUUCGCAGGAUUCCACCAUCAGUCAAGCGCCUGGCUGUGACUCUAUAUGUUGAGCCGGAUGGUUGUUCCAGUAUCUGGAUCCCAUCCCUCCGAGCUGAGAACAUCCGUCGUAUUGCAAGACUCAACAGUGGCCUUGAAGAACUUAUUCUACGUGACUCCGAGAAGAAUAAUAGCCCCUUUCAUUCUUCUGCGAUUGCAGACGGAGGGUUGGAUGCACUUUUCAGAGACACUCUGUGCGAAGCUGCCCAGGAAUUGAGCCAGCUACCAAAACUGAAGCGCCUGGCGAUCAAUAUAUGGAGGAACGCAUCUUUAAAAGUUCGCAGUGACAGUCAGCCGGUUCUACUGAAAAAGAAAGACUGGUACAACGAAUGGUACGGUGACUGUAUCCGGAGCUUAGGAGAAGCUCUGCCCCAUCUUCAACAGAUAUGCAUCAUCUGCGGGUAUCCUGUCUAUUGGCAGGGUUCCAGGCAGAUGCCGGACGGAACGCUUCUCACCAAGAAAAGGACCAUGGGCUCCAAACAAAGGUUCCCUGGCACGUUCGAGAGAUACGACUCAGAGCUAGGACUUCCGAUGGACCGGUGGUGA